CUCUGACGCUCAUGUUUGCAAGAUCGCAUACCACCUUUGGAAUAUUCGGCUUGCCCGGAACGCUUUCAUCUUCGACAACAUGGCUCCUUCCCCGGCCUCAUCCGCAAUUAAGUCGGGUCAUAACUUCAUCGAAUGGGAGGAAUCGCGGACUUCUCUUGCUCUUUCCUCUUCUUUCCAACCGACUCUAUUGCACCCUCAGCCUAGGGGUUCCCGUUCCAACACCCCACCACCGCCUUUCUCUCGAGUGAUAUACUGUGAUGGGUCGUUUGUUUCCGACUCGAGAUUGGUGGCUUAUGGGAUUACUAUUGCCAAUUCUCAUGGUCAGGUGUACGACGGCAAGGCUGAGACUUUCCUGUGUUCGCACCCGAUUCAGGCUGAAGCCCUUGGUCUCCUCAACGCCAUCCUGCUUGCGGUUCAAGAUGGGAUUCCUACCUGCAUCCGUACGGAUUGCCAAGUGCUUUCUCUUGCUCUCAAUCAGGACUCCUCGGCAUGGCCAUGGCAUUGUCGAGCUACCAUUGCUCAGAUGUCUCUCCUUCUUCGGUCUGCUCCUUGGAUCCGGAUUGAGUUUGUUCCCCGACGGCUUAACCGACUUGCAGAUUGGGUUGCUUGUCAAGUUAGGGAUGCUUCGUUACCUUUGGAAUGGAUCUUAAUUCUUAAUAUCAUUGCACCAUUGUUGUAACGAACAUUUGGGUUCUUUUUGAAUGGAAUAUAAGGAUGCUCUGAUUGUCAAAAAAAGUAUACAUAAAGUUAGCCCGCUGAUAAUCUAACUCAUAUUAGUAAAAUUACACCCAAACUCUCACCAUUAUAAAAAAAAAUUACACCCAAACUCAACUAAGCUGGUUUGCCGUGAGACCAUCUUCAUCCCCAAUCUUUAGCAAUUGCUAAAGUGGAGUGGAGGGUGAGGUGGCACUUCUCUAACAAUUGCUAGGGAUGUAAGAGUGAUUGCUAAAUUAGCAACCUUGCUAUAUUAGCAAGUCCUCUAGCAAUGUCACCUAGGCACUUGGGACCCACUUUCAUUUUCUUUGGUUUGAUUUAUUUAAUUUCCUUUUCCUCUAAAAUCGUGUUGUUGUGCAUUAUCAUUUUUAAGUUGUUCAAUAGAUAGAAAAGAGUCAUAUAUAUAACUAAUUAGAGAAUUAAUUAUGAAACACAUUUGUUUAUUAUGAAUUAUAUAUGAGAUAUUUAUCAUUCAAAUAUGAAAUAAAAAGAAAACGCAUAGCUAUAAUUGAACAUUCGUUCAUGAAACUAGAAAGAAACACUUCUAAAUAAAAAACACCUACGAUUAUGAUAAUAAAAAAAUACGAAAGAUUGAUAAUAAAGCAAGAAAGGAAACAAAGUUUAGCAAAAUACACAUGUACAACAAUUUACUAAACUCUAAUUUGUGCAUAAAUAUAAGAUUGUAAAAAAAAUUAUGAAUUAUCUAUUAUUAACUAUGAAAAAAAUAUUAUGGACAUAUUCUGGAUCCUACCAAUAGAAAUUGCUAGAGAAUUACUGGAAUGGAGAUGGCUAGAAAUUGCUAAAAAUCAUUUCUAGGAUGGAGAUUGUCUAAAAUCUAAAUCUAGCUAGCUGGCUUAAACAUAAAAAGAAAAAAAAAGGAAAUGAUAAAGUUUGGUGGGAGGUGCAGCUAGGAGGAUGGUUCUUCUUCUUCGGAGACUGGCCCGGCCUGCUAUAAACCGGUCGGAAACCAGCCUGACCAAAGCCAGUUGUGAAGCUGGUGACAGAAGUGGCAAUAGAGUUCUGUUUACAGACACGACAUGCAGCCUCCAGUUGUUUAAAUUUGGUUUCGCACGAGAGAAUCUUCAAAGCCUGUUUUUGGUCGAGACCCUAUUCAAUUCAAUUCAAUAUUCAUCAUCUGGCUAGCUACCCAUCUGACUCUCGACUCCACUGACUUCAUCUAUUCAUUUCACCACCAUUAUUUUUUUAACAUGGGCUUUUUAAUUACCUCCUUAUUCCCUUUUGGAAAUCCUUGUCUCCUUUAAUGCUGAUAAUAAUGAUGCAAGAGCUCUAAUUAUAACAUAGUACGACAAAGGUAGCCAUGAAAAAGUAAUUUUGAAUUUCAAGGUCGAUUCCUUUUAAUGAAAUAGAUCUUCAAAUAAUGUAGAAAUAUAAAUAAAUAAAAAAAUAAAGAUAGAUCUUCAAAUCUAUUUCAUUAGUUACGCGAGAGGAGUUGUUAGUAACCUAUAUAUGGGAUCGUACAGUGUUAAAAUUUAAUGAAAUGUGAGAUUUAAC